AAAAGAAAAGAAGCUCCACUCGAAAUUUGCCAGCACUAUCCCCUCCCCCAAACGCCCCCAAACUUGAAAGCCAAACCAAAUGUCGCCAUCGGCGCCAAUUUCCUUCCCACAUUUCAAACCUUUUCCCCGAGAUCGUGCAGCCAUGGCCGCUUCAGGAAAACUCCCAUGCACGGCGAGGUAGUCUGUAAAAGUUAGGGCUUUUCCUCCUCCCCGAGACCGCAAGAAGAAGAAGAAGAAGAAGAUGAACCAGGGCGAUCUCCACAAGGUAUGGGAAAUCAAGGCCCUGAAGAGGAAGCCUGCGGAAGACGAGGCCCGGAAGAUCCUCGACCGGAUCGCCCACCAGGUUCAACCCAUCAUGCGCAAGCGCCGGUGGAGGGUGAAGCUUCUCUCCGAGUUCUGUCCAACGAAUGGGCGUCUCCUGGGUUUGAAUGUGGGUCGUGGGGUGCACGUGAAGUUGAGGCUUCGCAGGCCGAAUAGAGACGGUGAUUUCUAUCCUUAUGAUCAAGUCCUCGACACGAUGCUUCAUGAGCUCUGCCACAAUGCGCACGGCCCUCAUGAUGCCAAGUUCUACAAGCUCUGGGAUGAACUUAGAAAGGAGUGCGAGGAGUUGAUGGCCAAGGGAAUAACAGGCACCGGCCAGGGUUUUGAUCUUCCCGGUAGGCGUAUUGGCGGUUUCUCUAAACAGCCACCUAUUUCAUCACUACGGCAAACUUCUCUGGCUGCUGCAGAGAGGAGAGCAGUUUUGGGUUCGCUCCUACCAUCUGGACCAAAGCGUCUUGGCGGUGAUACUAGCAUCAUGGUACUUAGUCCAGCACAAGCAGCUGCGAUGGCUGCAGAAAGGAGACUGCAGGAUGACAUCUGGUGUGGUUCUCAAUUGGAAGAUGGCGGGGAUAGAGAAAGUAACCCUGAUAUUCUGCGAAAUAUUGAGAAUGAAAUUGAAACCCCUGGAAUAUCCCGGCUUGAUAAUGCAGGAAGCCAAGCUUCGGAUUUGAUCUCUCGGAAAAGAUUUCGUGAUUUGAAUGAAGCUUCAGCUUCAAAAUCAUCCAGCAGUAAUGUGGAUCAGAAUUAUGUGGAUUUAACAGGGAAUGAUGAGACAUGUGGGGCAGCAGAUGAUCUUAGCUGUGCACAUCAGAGAAGAAAAUUUGAAUCAGAUAAUGUAUUGCAUUCUAAAUCCAAAUGUCAUUUGGGGAAUGCUUCAUCUAGUAUGCCAUCCAAUCUGACUUCUCAACCAGGGCUUAAGGGCACUACUAAAGAUCCUUCAAUUGAGCUCCUUAUGUGGGCAUGUGGAAUAUGCACUUUAUUAAAUCCCCCACUUGCUCCAAUCUGUAAGGUUUGUGGUUCGGAAAGGCUCAAGGAUGAGGGCCCCAAAUUUAAGUCCUGGUCCUGUAAAUUCUGCACGUUGGAUAACAGUGUCGAGUUAGAGAGAUGUUCAGCUUGUGAGCAGUGGAGAUAUUCACAUGGGUCUCCAGUGUCAGCAAGAGCACCAUGUCGGGGUGAUUGAGAGAGUAUGUCAUGUUGGCGGUAUUCCAGAUCCUACUUUCUACUGGGAGCCGUCUCUGUCAUAAUUUGAUGGCGGUCUCAGUGAAUGCCAUAGUUUACUGAAGCAUGGUCAAUGCAGAUCCUGUACAUCCAGAGUCAUGCUGCUGAUAAUGGGUCCAAUUGUUCAGGCCCGUGCAGAAGUUGCCUUUCACGAUAGGGAUCUUGGCUUGAAGGAGCUAUUGAUUGACUGGCAAAGAGAGUGACUUCAGAGUUCAGAUCUCUCAUUAACAUUAGGCCCACAUGUAGAUAAAAGGUAUCAGUUUUGAGAGGUCAUCAUCUCAUGAAGAUGCACAAAAGCUUUAGCCAAAUUGUGAGUGCACCUGUCACAUCACCACAUCACCACAUCACAUGACUCAUGGCUUGUUGAUAUUUCUUUUUCAUCUUCACGUUAACAUAUAAAUUGCUUCAGUGUGUUGGGCCUUUUGCUUAAUUGAAAAUCUGGUGUUGGGGUCAAAAACUUGAUUUGGCUAUCCAGACCAUUGAAGGCAGGAAGAUGAUGAUUGGCUAGCAAUGGUCCAAAAUGAGAUCUCUCUAUUUUUGGCAUGUGUGUUUGGUUUGUUUAUCAUCAGAUUUGCUGUACUGGAGUUAUGUGAUAUAUGAGUGGGGUAUCAACCACUUCGUCGUCUUCUUAGAUCUGGGGUGACGGUCUUGCAACUGUUGGUCACGGUGAAGGGGUGAUUGUGAAAAUGAAAUAGAUGGAUGCAAUUGGAUCAUUGAUGAUCCAACUGUUGAGGAUGUUGCGGAACUAAUCCCCAACAGUUGCACGUAAUCUGAGUAUGAAAAACAUGUGAAGAAGUUUUAAUCUCUC